CUCGUGUUUGCUCCUCGCGUUUGCUCCUGAUUGUGUUCUAGUGUUGCAUCGCGGCUCCCUCUGUCAAUAUGCCUGGUCGACACUACUACUCCAAAUUCAUACCGCCUAGUCUUUCCAUGAGCGAGCUCAUAUGUCAAAAACUCGACAACGAUGCUACCGACCUCCUCAUUGAUAAAUGGCUCGAGCGCCCCCAUCGUCCUGACGCAUACUAUGACUGGUUUCAGCGUAUCCGGGAGCGCAGACACGUCGUGAACGCGAAUGCCCGCAAAGAGCAGAUCUUGCUAUGGAACAAAGGUGGCUUCGUACCUGAGAACAUUUUCACUCGCACUGUCGACACUGGUCGCCUAAUCCCCCUUGACCGCACAUGGGUCACCCACGUAUAUCACCAUAAAAACAUGUCAAGGCUCAAUAUGAUGCCUGUGAUUUUCAGUAUGCUCCCGGAACUCAUGCUACUGCGCGGCAUGCAUGACCGCGGAUGUGACGAGAUAUAUGUCAUUGUCACCGAUCUCAAGCGGCCGGAGAUGGAUGAGGUAACAGAGUACUUCAAGUACGUCUGCCAGAACGCAUCGAACGGACCAUGCAAGCCGAGUGUGGAGCAGAAGAUCAAUCAUGACCAUAUGCAUCUCACACACCUGCUUGACGGGCAACGCCGGACGCCGUGCUUUCCUCAACUCGAUCUCACUUUGCGGGCUAUCAUGCAUGAGAAACGGCCACCGUUCAUAGUCCUUUUCUCCCACCAAACCAUGUCUUAUUCGCAAAUCCUCUUUGCGAAUUCGCUUUUCGUCCCAUCCAAGGAGGUAUACCACGACUUCCCAAGUGGCUGUCCCAAUCCAGGAUGUACCGACAAUUGCUGCGAACUCAUCCGAUUUCCGAAGAAGGGCCUCGAGACUGCCUCUGUGCUCUGCCACAAGCGCAAGGUGCGCUACCGUUAUGGUCGGCGAGUGAAGGCAAAGGAAAUGUGCAACUGGAUUGACUGUCAUGUCUGUUUCUCGGACGAUAUGGCACAGUCAGGGCACUUGUGCGAUGGGGGUAGUGAAGGCAGUGUCGUCGGGAGUAGCGAGGGAAGCGAGGGAAGCAUCGUCGAAGAGCCAAGUGCUCCACGCAUACUAGGAUUGGUGUGCAGUCGAUGUAAGUUGGUUAAGUAUUGCUCCCCGGAACACCAGAGGAUGGAUUGGGAGGAACACCGGCGGGUCUGCACGAAACCCGUUGACGCAUAGGCCAGAUGGGCGAGAUAUGUUCGACCAGCAACCUUACGCCGGAGGGUCAAGAUGGAUGAGGAUUUCACAUGACGGACUAUUUGCUUGUCCGCUUUCAGCACUAUGUUUAUUCCAUCUGUUUGUGUUGAUACUGUUUGUAGUAAACUUGCUGUAAUGCAUAUGGAGAGAUUUUCCCGAUGU